AUGACUUUCAAACCACUUAAUGCAUUAUCACAACCUUGAUUCUUAACUGGACUUUUAAAUCGUCAUUUAGUAAAAGAACGAAUAUAAGUACCAAUAAAUACUCUGCUUUUAACGACUUCAAAAGAUAGUUUAGCAUUGACUUUAAUUUCAUUGACUUCAAUAGGAUGGAUCAUUCACUUGCUUAAAGUUAAGCACAUGCUGACGUACACUGCUGAAUUGGGACCAGAAUGACUUUGUGUACUAUUUGCUCUUGUUCAUAAUAUAAUCAUACAUUUUAAGAAGAGGGAUGAGUAUCUGUUAAAACUAUGUAUAAAUUUUGCAUUGCCAAUCGUUAUUUGUAAAUUACAAUUCUUCUUUCUAACUAAAUUCUCUAAUAUGUUAAAGUCAUGCUGAGAAUUUAUUUGUUGGAAGGAUUAAUUUUAGGGUAAUAAUCUAUAAUAAGUGGUGUUUAAAAAUGGAAUUAAAAUUAGUUCCAGGAAUAAAAUUUUAAAAGAAUGCAUUGUCCUUGGAUCAGAUUAAAAUAUGUAGACUAAUACAAUGGCAUAGUCUUUAAAUAGUUGUAAUUGAAAUUAAAACAUUUAAAAGAAUAAACUUUCUGCAGUCAUUCCCUUAGAGGAAAUUUAAUGGGUAAUAACUAAUAAAGUUCAUGUGCACAAAGCAGUUAAUUAUAGCAAUUAGUUUAUUUUAGGGAGAAAACGUCUGUGUACUAAACAAAAAAUAUAUUGCUCUAGAGCAUUUUUUAAAAAUUAAGUGUUAUAGGUUUUUAUUUAAUAGGCUGAUAGAAUAGCUAGAAAUGUUCAGAAUGAUUUGCAAAUGAAAACCUUUUAAUAAUAAUUUUUCUCUCUAUUUCGUUUUAAGGCUGUUAGAGCUGACGACAUUUUGUAAAAGCAUGGUUAUAUUUUGCACAUUUGUGGUCGAUCAUUGUAGUAGCCGAGAGAGCAAAAAUAACGAGGAGUCCUUGUGGCACCUUAGAGACUAACAAAUUCAUUUGGGCAUAAGCAUUCGUGAUACAUCAAUGUCACCCGUAUUGGUACAAUUACAGCUUCUGAUAUUGUGAGCUUCAACUCCCGUUCACUUCCGUGAGAGCUGAAGAAGCUGAGCAUCUUGCGGAAAGCAUUAUCUAAGAGGAGUAUUAACAUACCUAUUCUGGUUCCAUUUUUCCUUUACUAGUAACAUUUCAUUCACAAAGUCUGACUGACUGUUCUUUUCCUGCUGUGUGAAUGCAGCAUACAAUACAUAGAUUUAUGGUGCAUUAGCUUAGGAAGUAUCUGAGCAGCUGAAAAUGCAAACAUUUGUAAGCUUGGCUUUGGAUCUUUCCUAGGGAUUAUUGGAAUCAACCUGGUAGAGAACAGAAGGCAAAUGAGGCAGAGCAAUGGUUUCAGUCAAUGAUGGGGGCAAAAGCUGCUGUUGUGAAGAAGUCUGCGCAAAAGAGGAGGCAGAGGCCCCAAAUCAGAUUGGUAGCAUCCAUCGUGUUUAUCAGCUUUGGAGUGGUAGCAGCAUUCUGUUGUGCAAUAGUUGAUGGAGUCUUUGCCGCACGACAUAUAGACCCUAGACCUUUGUACACUAGAAGGUGUCAGUUUUAUUCAAGUGGAAUAGGAUUCUUAUACGAUGCCUACCAGACAGAGGUAACGUGUUACACCUUAAACAGCAAGUGCCAGCUGAGAGUAAAGAGCAAUACAUGCUAUUGCUGUGACCUGUACAAUUGUGAAAAUUCAGAACAGUCAACCAGCUACUACGAGUUUCUUGGAGUGAACAGCUGUCAGGAUGUGGUUCACUUGUAUCGGCUGCUGUGGGCCUCCACAGUCCUGAACAUCAUUGGCUUAUUUCUUGGGAUAGUCACGGCAGCCAUACUUGGGGCCUUUAAAGACAUGCAGGCACCUCUGUCCCAAAUUGCCUUUAGUUCUGCCCCUCCUCCUCAGAUCUUGUACAAUCCAGCCCAGCAGAUCCUGACAUAUGCCAGUUUUUGUCCCUCUGCGGCCGCUAUUCCUGCAUAUCCAUCCUAUCCUUUACCUUUCCAGCCUGCAAGCCAUUUUCCAGCAUCAUCAUCUACUGAUAUUUCUUUAUCGGAUGAUACUCAGCCUCCAUCUCAGUCCAGCUCAAACUAUGGUCUCCCACCCAAUGCCCCGCCACUAUACACACCAACUUACUUCCUGCCAGAAGAAAAGCCUCCACCCUAUGCACCCUAGACCAUAGAAUUACAUUGUAACUGAUUUUUUUUUUUUUAAAAAGACAUCUUUGGAAACACUGAGCUGCACAGGCAGCAGACUAUUAAGGAAACCAUUUUGUGUUCUAUGAUUGUUCUACUUUUAACCCCAACUCACUGUGAGCUAACCGAAAUCCUGGAAACCUAAGGAAGGCGUGUCACCAGAGGAAGGUAUCCAUCACCACACAGUUUGCAUGUAGUCAAUUGGGACAUUAUUGUCUGGCUAACAUGAGCAUGAUUUUCUCUCUUAGCAUAAUACAGGAUGACUUUUUUUUCCCACUAGAAGAAACAAAUAAAAAACACUUUGGAUACUUGGUUCCAUUUUCAUAAACCAGUACAGAGUGAUUUAGAACUGUUAUAGUCUGGUGGAUACAAGUGGGUAGUCUGGAUUGAAAGAAACCAGAUUUUCUUUCCCUUAUACUAUUCAGUUAAUAGCCCCUUUUUGGUAAAAAUGUUGUUCCAAUAAAUACUGUGUGACAGUUAUUGACAAUAAAAUAUGCUGUGUUUGCAUA